AUGGGUCAUCGGCGGUGGUUGUUGCCAGGGCACAGGUGGAGAUCUAAAAAAGUUGAAUUUAAUGGUAGUACUGACCAUCGGCAAGCACCUAUACAUUUGUCGAGAGAGGCUAUCUUGGAACAAUUGAGAGAAUUGCAAGAUGUACAGUUUGGUAAGUUAUCAAAAAAGAGGAAACGCACAGCCAAUGAGUUGAAUUGGACCAAAAAAAGUGUAUUCUUUGAGUUGCCUUAUUGGAAAUCCUUGGAAUUGAGGCAUAACCUAGAUGUCAUGCAUAUUGAGAAGAACAUAUGCGAUAGCGUAUUAGGAACUUUGAUGGAUAUCGAGGGAAAAAGCAAGGACACAGCCAAUGCCCGUCGGGAUUUGGCCAACCUAGGCAUACGGAAAGAAUUACACUUACAACAAGAUGGUGAUAGUUGUUCAAUGAGACUGGCUUGUUACAUGCUAAAUAAAAAAGAGAAGAGAUCUUUUUGCGAGUGGUUAGCAAGUGUUAAGUUCCCUGAUAGUUUUGCCGCGAACAUCCCCCGAUGUGUUAAUGUACGUGAAUCAAAGAUCUUAGGCAUGAAAAGUCAUGAUUCUCAUAUUUUCAUGCAACGAUUACUGCCAGUGGUGAUUAGUGGCUACUUAACCAGUGAUGUACGGCAAGCUUUGACUGAGUUAAGUUCAUUCUUCAAGAAAUUGUGUGCACGAGCAUUAAACAUUGAUGUUCUGCACCGCCUACAAACUGAUAUCUCUCUUAUUCUUUGCAAGUUGGAAAUGAUAUUCUCACCUGCAUUCUUCGAUAUAAUGGUGCAUCUUGCUAUUCACUUGCCACAAAAGGCAUUGCUUGCGGGACCUGUCCAGUAUAGGUGGAUGUAUCCUUUUGAACGGUAUCUAGGGAAGUUCAAGCGUUAUGUAAAAAAUAUGGCAAGACCUGAAGGCUCAAUUGCCGAGGCCUAUAUUCAUGUUGAGUGCCUUACAUUUUGUUCGAUGUAUCUCCAUGACAUUGAGAUGACUUUUACUAGGGAAGAGCGAAAUGUGGAUGUCGGUCCAGACCAUACACCGGGUAGUAUGAGUGUAUUUUUUCAAAAGGUGAGAUCAAUGGGUUCGUCCUCCACUGAUAGAUUGGAUGAUCAGCUAUUUGCAAAAGCUGAGUGUCAGCACUAUAACAAGAUUAAAGAAGAGGACCCCAGCAAUGUUGAUCGUAGGCACCAGACCGAAUUUGGGCAAUGGUUCAAGAACCAUAUUCGAGAAUUGCAUAUCUUGAAUCCAGAUGAAGUUACAGAUGAACUUUAUGCUCUUGCUUGCGGACCAGAUCCUUGGGUGGGAACAUAUAGUGGAUGCAUCAUGAAUGGAAUUCGGUUUCACACAAAAGACCGUGAACAACAUCGACACAGCCAAAAUAGUGGGGUGGUUGUUGCUGGGGUACAUAGGGUGAUGCCGGUUGAUUUCUAUGGUGUGUUGAAAGAGAUCCUUGAAUUACGCUACAUGGGGUGGCAUCUUGUGUACUUGUUUAAAUGUGACUGGUGGGACGUUGGUGAUCAUAGACGUGGCAUACGUGUAGGGGACCAUCUUACAAGUGUGAAUACAUCAAGAAAGUGGUAUUAG